AUGGCGGCUCGUCGGGGGAGAACGUGCACGUGUCGGGUUUGCCUAGGGAUCGGAGCAAUUAUCGACGGCACUUUCAGGGUUCUAGAUCUGUACGGAUGGAUGCUGGAUUCUUACAUUGUUGAUUUUUUUCAAGACGACUUGUGGGGGAGAUUACCCAAACCUUGGGCUAGAACCCUGGAGAAUGUAUCGCUGGAGGAAUUGGGGUCGUGGAUUCUGCGCGAGAGGAGCCCUCGGUGUGUCUGGCCAUUAUCACUAAUUGCGCUUCGACAAUUGAUUGAUCAAUUGAGCAUCAAUCGAAAUCCGAGCAAGAGGUCUCCGUUCACCUGCAGUAGCUCCCAAUUAAAUCCUCAUGUGCUGGAAACAUCGGCAUGUGAAGAUAUUGCCAAAGACGAACGGCUCACCAAGUUUCAGAAUUUGUUCAAGAAACACGUGAAGGAGAAGAAGCGCUACGAGAUCGAGAAAUUCUCGGAGAUAGUCGCGAGGUGCAAGCAUUUAUCAAAGUGCAGUUGCAUCGUCGACACUGGCGCCGGGAUCGGCCACUUAGCCCGUGAAUUAGCGUACAAAUAUCACCUACCGGUUAUCUGCAUAGAGCAGGAUAAAUCUCUCUCGGAAUUAGCGGGAAAAUAUGACGAGCAAUUUAUGAAGAAAUUCGAGACCCAUCUACCCGGCUUUUGUGGUGUACCACCCUAUCAUUUGUGCGCUAAAAUUGUCGAUGAAAGUUGUCGAGGCGGAGAAUUGCCAGCAGUGAUUAAAGAAAUAUUACGGGAUUAUUUUUUACAGCAAUCAAAUGACAAUGGUUUUGGUUUGAUUGGAUUGCAUCCGUGUGGUGAUUUAGCAGCGAGAUUGCUCAAGUUUUAUGUUGGACAGGCGAGUGCUAAGUUCAUCAGCGUUGUUGGAUGCUGUUAUAUGAAACUAACCAUCAAUGAGGAUGAGACGGAGAACGCCAAGGGCUAUCCACUGAGCAAAUAUGUAGCGAGGAAUAGUAGCCAUUCACUCAGCUAUGCCGCGCUGGAGGUGGCCUGCCAUGCGGUAGAAAAUUACUGCGAUAAAAUAAAGAAUAAUGAGUAUGAGGAUCUAAAAGUACACGGAUACAGGGCGACACUCGAGAAGAUUCUCAUUGAUAAGGGGGGAAUUGCUAUGCGGCAUGGAAAAGUAGGAAGUGUCAGAGUCAAUAAUCAGAUGAGUUUUGAGGAGUAUUGCAGAUUAGCUACAGAGAAACUUGACGUUAAUAGGCGAAUAAAUAUAUCAGAAGUAAAUCAUGCGGAAGUGGAGAAGUGUUUGACGAAGUGGCGUCAUGUUGUAGCGUUCGAGGCACUGCGAUUCAUGCUAGCACCACUCGUCGAGACUGUUAUUUUGCUGGACAGAUUUUUAUUCCUCUCGGAUAAUAACUUGAAGCCUGUACUGAAGGCGGAAUUCGAUCCCAGAUUGUCACCCAGGAAUUUCGUGCUCACUUCUAUAAAAUAAUUGUUUCUAUUGAUUUUUGUAAUUCUUACA